GUCCGCGACGACCGUUCACGACGCGCCGUUGCUGCAUUGCGCGUUCGUUGACUCAUCUCGUAUUAUACCAUUAUUAACCGCUCUGCGACGGUGCUUCGGUGUUAUCAAGCGCGCGCCUACCGCAUCGCGUACCGUAACUGUGUUCCUCGCGCGCUCGCCGCGGUGUCGUCGUACGUUACCGUUUUCGUGCGCUCGCGACAGUAAUCGUCACGGGCGGGGACGUCGCGUUCGGUGUUUGGUGGUUUUCAUGAUUUUUUUUUUUUCGAUUUUUUCCCUUUUCGCAGUGAUAUCCCAGAGCCCGCCGAAAUCCAUUAUCGCCGGUCGAACGUUACACCGAUUUUCCGUCGUCGCCGUCCCCCUACCCGUUCGUCUCUAAAUGCUGUCGACAAGUCGCGGUCCGUCGCGUUACCGUCCUGUUCCCGUCGCAAACGCCGCAUCCGUCACCCGUCCGUCGUCCGCACGUCACGGACUCCCGACGUUCCCGCGCACGUCCUAGCCGCGGUGCGUUCGGUUUCCCGUCCGUUCCGCCGUCGCGUUUCCGAGUCGUGACAAUAAUUGUUGCGACCGCGGACGGCUGCGAGCAGAUUCCGAAAAAGGCGUUUCUCCCCGACCGAUUUCACGAGUUGUGAUGAGACCACAUGAGGGCAAUUACGAGGUCGAUUGUCCAGUGGACUCCAAUUACUGUGGUGAUUCGGACGAGGAAGAAGACCCAGAACGAUUGUUAGACGUUUGGCUCGGUGAAUUGGACUCGUUAGCCUCGGGUUUGGAUAAAAGUCCGUCGAAGCCAGUCGAUAAUGUUACUUUGAAAGCACCUAACGCCACAGACAUAGCUGGUCAACGCAUGGACUCUUAUCGAUUCUCAAUGGCGAAUUUAGAAGAUACUCAAGAUGUUGAUUUGGAUGCCGUGUUGGGAGAGCUGUGUGCGUUAGAAUCCCAAUACCAAAGUACGAGUAGCUUAUUGGAUUCGGAAAAAAUCGAUUCCAAUUCAAUAAACAGGAUGUCGAAUUCAAAUCAAUCGGGAACAGUGGUAAGAACCGAUAGUCCGGACAAUGAUUCCGCGUUUUCGGAUUGCGUAUCGUUAUUGUCAAGCAGUGAGAGUUCAGCUUCCAGCGGCACUACCAAUCACUCUGGAAACAAAGAGUCGUCAAAAGCUGAAAAAAUUCGUUUAGCUCUGCAGAAGAUGAAAGAAGCUAGCGUGAAAAAAUUGUUCAUCAAAGUGUUCAACGACGACGGUGGAGCAAAAUCACUACUAGUCGACGAGGGCAUGCGCUGUAGUUAUGUCAUGAGAUUGUUGGCUGACAAACACCAUAUUAAUCUCGGACCACGCUGGGGACUCGUCGAACAUCUGCCGGACCUUCAUAUGGAACGCGUUUACGAAGAACACGAGUUGCUGGUAGACAAUCUAAUGUUGUGGACUCGGGAUUCUAAAAACCGUUUACUGUUUGUCGAGCGACCUGAGAGGACGUUGAUAUUCGAAAAUCCAUCGCUAUUCAACACCAACCAACAGUCGCUCAGUCACGCAACUAAUAACUUUGCCCAAGAAUACUUUUGCAACGGUGGACUACCGAGCGUUGAGGGGCCGCUGUACAUAAAAGCGGACUCGAGGAAAGGUUGGAAAAAAUACUACAGCGUCCUAAGAGCGUCGGGACUGUACUAUUACAAGGACAAGACGUCGAGGUCGCCCAAGGACCUCAUAUGCCUGGCCACGUUCGACGUGAACCAGGUGUACUUCGGCGUGGGCUGGAAGAAGAAGUACAAGGCGCCCACGGAACACUGUUUUGCGAUCAAGCACCCGUGCCUGCAGCAGCCCAAGUCGACCAAGUACAUUAAGUACGUGUGCGCGGAGGACGAGCGCACGUUGCACAAGUGGAUGUCGGCCAUACGGAUCGUAAAGUACGGGCAACAGCUGCUGGAGAACUACGAGUCGGCGCUGAUCGGUGGUGGUGUGGCGGUGGACUCGGUGGACGGGGUCGGCAAUAGUGGCCGGCAGACGUCGGCUCGCGGAGCCGGGGGCGCGACUACCAGCGGUAUGAUGAUGGUGGAGGAUAUUGAGAGCGGGCUGUCCGACUCGGGCUCAUCUUCCGGUUGCGACGUGGCGUUCGAGUCCGAUUACCCGCCGUGCGGCACCAUCAAGCGCAAACCGCCCAAGUUGCCGCUGACGGCCACCACGCGACAGCUGACGUGCUCCAUGGUGGUAGACGGCAGUUCGUCGGUGGCUACGGCCGCCGCCGCCGCGGCCUCAGCCACCCCGAGCGCGCCCGCGAACCAACAGCUCCAAAAACCGGUCAAGUCGGUCAAGUUCGCCAUCGCUGACCACUACUACCACCACCAUCACCAGCAGCAGCAACAUCAUCACCUGCAGCAGCACCAGCAACAGCAGCACCAACAGCAUCACCACUACGGCCAUCACCGCCGGACGCCCAGCUACGACGAGUCGCUACCGCCUCCGCCACCGGAGCUGUUGGUGGACGACGAGGACGGCGAGCCCGACGACCAGGACAUCCUGAACGUGAUGCCGCCGCCGCCGCCUAAGCUGCUCUCGCCACCUAGCACCGCGUUCCUGGCCGACCUGCAUCGCGUGGUGCGCAAGAAGUGGCAAGUGGCGCAGAAGUGCAAGCUCGACACGGUGACCACACCGCACGAAGUGCUCGGAUUCCGGGACCCCGCCGCCGCCAACAGCGAUUCCGCGGACGCCGGUUCGUACAGCCGCGAGGCGAACGUCAGCAACUGGGUGGCUGAGCACUACGGGCCCAACAACCUGUACGAGAACGUGUAUCCAGUCAACGGGGAUCGUCGGUCGGCCGCCAGCCCGUCGCCUCCGCCUCCGCCUCCGCCGCCCACCAGGCUGUCCACUGUGGCCAACGCUGCGAUGGCCUGCGCGAUGCUCAAGAAGAGACCUCCUCCGCCACCGCCCCCGAGGUCGGAGAAGACGCAGCUCACCACCGUCGUAUCGUAACGGGCCGUUCGUUCGUUCUUCUACUUCUUCCGUCGUUUAUUAUUUAUUUCCAUUUUUUUUUUUUUUUUAUACUCGUUAGUUUUUCACUUGCUUGGUUUUUUCACGUGUCCUCAGCGGCGAACCGCCAAUUGGUUGCUUGGAACGUAGACGCCAUUAGUAGGCGACAUAUGUUAUAAAGGCUAGAUAAAUAAUGUAUUUCUAUUUUAUAAAAAUAUUAUAAUAAUAUUAUUAUAGAUAUAUAUAUAUAUAUUUUUUUUUUAUGCAAAUUAUAUGUACUAGCCAAUAUGAUAUCACAACUAUGUACAUUACAUUUAGCGUUGUUGCUUUACAUCCAUUUGUGUAACCGAAUUGUUCUAUACUAUUGAUAAUUGUUAGAUAUUAUAUUUAAAUUUAUGAUUAGUUAGUAGGCUUUAAUGAUGAUAGCGUCUUAGUUAAUUGUGGGAGAAAAAACAUUUACUUACUAUUAAGAGACAUGUUCUAUUAACGGUCUUUUUGUAAUACAAUUAUUGUGUUCCGUUUCAUGGAGCGCCUCAGACGUCCAACAGGGUGGAUCACAGUGUCCUGCCCUACUGCCUCCUCCAACGUUUUUCACGUUUAUUAUUUAUAUAUAUAUUUUUUUUUUAUGAAUAAUGUUACUAAAAGACUGUAUUUUUUGUGUUAAUA